CGCCUGUUCAGUGUCGCAGGAAGGUUGUGUGGACCGGCCGUAGCAACGAGUAGCGGGAACACAAGCCAGUGACAACAGCAGGGAGUAAGGAGAGACAGUGUUGAAGGAUGUGCUGCAGGGUUGACAAAGUCUGCUUCUGCAUCGAUCUGCGCAAGGGCGUGGCAACGGUUGCCUGGGUCUGGCUGCUUGGGGAUGCCAUCUUGCUGAUCGUGACGUCGAUCCUGACGAGACAAGCUUGGGAAUUAAUGAUACGUAACAGUUGGAGGAACGAAAUAGAAAGAGAGGAGAGAGAUAAGAAAGCCAUCAUCUUAGCAGCUUGGUUCUGGUUGGCGGCGGUGGGCAUCGCGCUGUCGGGCUUGGGCGUUCUCCUCGACUUCAUGCUGGUGAAAGGAGCCACUGACGUUAAGUCUCCGCCGCGGAAACGGCGCAACUUACUUCAAGGCUGGAUGGCGGCGUACGGCGUGGUGUACGCGCUCGGGGUGGUGACCGCCGUCUUGAGCGUCCCCGUCUUGUUCCUCCUGAGCCCUACCCCACACCACGCCUUCGCCACGGCCGCCGGCAUCCUACUGCACGCUGGGCUGAUGGUGUACUUCUGGCUGAUGGUGCACAGCUACAGCCUGGAGCUGGCCUGUGGAGCUCGCCCCGCGGAAGGGAACAGCUACUGCACGGUGCCUGCAGGGGUCGCCACCUCUACCCAGGGGACCUACUGCGACGCCGACGGCAUGGCUCUGGCGCCGACGGCACCACCAUGCUACACCAGCGUCGCGUAAGGAUCACCGUGUCAGCCGUGUAAGGGGACCACGUCUCCAGGCAGCUUCAGCUGAUCGCAGCCUCGAACGGACCUCAUCGCUGAACCGUCACCGUGAGAGUCGCUGGAGGCUCGGCCUGGACCGCUUGACGAUGCAGUGUUGUCAUCAUCCACGAAAAGACUGUCAAACAUAUCGCCCUAAACGCAUCUUCACAGUGGGUGUAGUAGUAUCAUGAAAUGUCUUGAAGACGCUCUACACUUGUGUGAUCUUUCUGAAACUAGUAUUCUACAUUACUUUGAAGGUACAGGUCCAGAAAUGCACAUAGUAAGUAUGUAUCAAUCGCCCGCAUCUCGUGGUCGUGCGGUAGCGUUCUCGCUUCCCACGCCCGGGUUCCCGGGUUCGAUUCCCGGCGGGGUCAGGGAUUUUCUCUGCCUCGUGAUGGCUGGGUGUUGUGUGCUGUCCUUAGGUUAGUUAGGUUUAAGUAGUUCUAAGUUCUAGGGGACUUAUGACCACAGCAGUUGAGUCCCAUAGUGCUCAGAGCCAUUUUUUUAUGUAUCAAUCCAAUGUCGGCAUAAUAAGACACAAACAUCAAGGACCUUCACGAUAGUCAUAGCAAGGUUGAAAUUUAAUCUUGUCCGCCCCCCGGUAGCUGAGUGGUUAACCGGCACGGUAGCUCAGCGUGUUCGGUCAGAGGGUUUAGCUAUCCUCUGUAAUAAUAACAAAAAAAAAAAAAAAAAUUGAGUGAACGGAUGAACGAGCAACCUGAACGGGUGUCAUCGCACGUCCGCCACGAACAAAUUCAACGAACAGUAUAGAACAAAAUGAGAUUAUAUAUAUAUAUAUAUAUAACGGUCAGCGCGACAGACUAGAUAUAUAGUGGUCAGCGCGACUGACUGUCAAUGGUAAGGGCCCGGGUUCGAUUCCCAACUGGGUGGAGAUUUUUUCUGCUCAGGGACCGGGUGUUAUGUUGUCCUAAUCCUCAUCAUUUCAUCCCAAUCGAAGCGCAAGCCACUGAAGUGGCGUCAAAUCGAAAGACUUGCACCCGGCGAACGGUCUACCCGACGGGAGGCCCUAGUCACACGACAUUUUUUUUAAAUUUAAUCACUGGAAGUUCAAUAAAUACCUUUGUCGGUUCAAGCGAAGCCCCUCUAUGUGCUUGCGGAGAGGAAGAAGUUCCAAAUCAUAUAUUUCUACAGUGCCCUCGGAACAGUUAUCACAUAAACUUUAUAAAAGACAUUUACGCCAGUGACUGUAACACUUUCUUUAUUUCACGAUUGCAAUUUCAGCCUUAGGCCAUUAUCAAGUGAAGAUGUUAUGGCUAUUAGGCCAUGUCAACCAAAAAUGAGCUAACGUCUUCACUUGAUAAUGGCCUAAGGCCGUAAUUGCGAUCGUGAAAUAAAGAAAGUGUCAUUGGCGUAAAUAUGAUGUCUUUUAUAAAGUUCUACUUGACUGUGGAUCCCAGGUAUUAAGAGUUUAUUAAAUAAACAUCCUUGCAAGUAAUCUUCGGGCUUUUGGUCUAAUCUGAUGCUCUUGAUACUUUCAGUGCCAAGGGAAGGUCAAAGCUCAGUUAACUAACUAUUUUCCUAUGUGCUACUCAGUACAAUUUGCAACGCUCAGCCUCUAAAUGUAUGUCACUAUGUACCUCCUAUUUGUAAGAUCUGAAUGCUGGUGUAUCUACACAUGUGGCUAUAAUACACAACUCUGGCUCUUGGAAAGUGUUCUCCUGUUCUGUCUAGAUGGUACUUAAAGGCUUGCAAAAUAUUAAAUUCUCUAUCCGCAGCUUUUGAAACAAUUCUCACAAAACAUACAAAGAACAUUUUACGGUCUCAAUGCGUACCAACGGAAAUUUAUCAUUUUUAUUAUGUUACCAGUAGGAUUUGUACAGUAUACUACCACUGCGUUUCCUGCGUUCCAUUUUCGUGUUGUUUACUCGUUUUAGUAUUCUCUGAUUGUAAAUUUCGUUUCAUGUCGAAUCAGUCCUUUGUUAAUCCUAUGUAACUUCGUACCAGGGUACGACUUGAAAUAAUUUCUACCUUGAAUUGUCAAAACAAAUUUAAUUACACUUCCUGUGAUGAGAUGACUGUAUGGACACGUUUCGAAAGGCAAUAAAUUUAAAACAUCCCAUCUGGUAAGGCUACCAAGCCGGCGAAGAAUACUGAAGUACUCACGUUGCCAUGGUACUAAAAAUGUUUUGUUGUAAGAGUAAUGUGUAUUAUCAGAGUCCGUGGCGAUGUAUCAGUUUUCCAGUAAAGAAGACGUUAUAUAUAACAGAUGUAAAUAUGAGAGUAUUUUAUUAAUAAA